AAGAAAAGUGAAAGGGAAAGUAGAGUGAGUGUGGUGGUAUCGUCGGUUGCAAAUAAAGGAACCCACACUCAAUCUUUUUGCUUUGGUUUCACUGUCUUCACACGGAAAUGUCACCACCGUACGCGGUUGCCGCAGCACUGUCCACACUCUCCAUUCUUCUUACACUCGUUUCCUCUCACUAUUCCUCCUCUUCCUCCGACUAUCCUCCCUCUCUGCAAGCUUCGCCGGAGUUCGCAGAGUGGCGAUCCGCGCACGCCACCUACUACGCCGCAGCGGAUCCCCGCGACGCCGUGGGAGGUGCGUGCGGCUAUGGUGACCUCGUCAAGGGCGGCUACGGCAUGGCCACAGUGGGCCUCAGCGAGACGCUGUUCGAGCGCGGCCAGAUCUGUGGCGCGUGCUUCGAGCUGCGCUGCGUGGACGACAACCGGUGGUGCAUUCCCGGCACAUCCAUCAUCGUCACGGCCACGAACUUCUGCGCCCCCAACUACGGAUUCACCUCCGACGGCGGUGGCCACUGUAACCCUCCCAACAAACACUUCGUUCUCCCCAUCGAAUCCUUUGAGAAGAUCGCCAUUUGGAAAGCCGGCAACAUGCCCGUACAGUACCGCAGGAUAAAGUGUAGGAAGGAAGGAGGGAUUCGAUUUACUGUUACUGGUUCUGGAAUCUUCAUUUCGGUGCUGAUCAGCAAUGUUGCUGGUCAUGGAGACAUAGUGGCUGUGAAGGUUAAAGGGUCAAGAACUGGUUGGCUUCCCAUGGGUCGGAAUUGGGGGCAAAUUUGGCAUGUAAAUGCAUUGCUGCAGAAUCAACCUCUUUCAUUCGAAGUUACUUCUAGUGAUGGCAAAACUCUUACAUCUUACAAUGUUGCUCCCAAGGAUUGGACCUUUGGACAAACCUUUGAAGGCAAGCAAUUUGAGACUUGAAAUUGAAAGCUCAUUGAAUUGUGAUCUUGUUUCAAGGGACCGUUCGCCUUCCACAAUUUUUUUUACCCCUAUAGUAGUUUUCUUUCUACAUUUUCAUUCUUUUGGCUUUGUAGAAGACUGUGUAGAUAGCAGCAGAUGAUUUGGUGGUUUGCAAGGUUGUCAAUGGGACGCUGUACCUUUUAGUUUAUUAUAUUAGGAAGUUUUGUAUGAAAAAAAAAAGAUAUAUACAUUCCUUGUUGCUCAACAUAAAAAACACUUGCAAUGUAAUUUUUGUAAGGCUAUCAUAAGACGUGUUAUCCUGCUACCUUAAAA